GCUUUUAGGGACAACGCUACGGCUUAAGUUUACGCACGUUGAGCCAAGCUUGGUCGCAAAGCAUUAGAAACGAGCAAACAAACAAACAAACCAAAAAAAUAGCGACGCGUAAUGUGGGUUAACUUUCCCGAGAGAUGCAUUCCUGCCAAUAUUACCCGAAUACUCACGAUCCGUUCACGCCCGCGCUGCUGCCGCUGCUGCUGCUGCUGACGGCUCGGAGACAAACUAAUUGCUUUUUGUAUUUGACUCCGUAAAUCAGUGUAAUGUCCUCAAUGUGAGGGGUGUGUGCGCGCUAAGACCGGAAAAAAAAGGAUGGCUGGAUGCUGCGUGUUGUCCGGCUCCAAGGUGGCGGCGGCGGCGCCUCUCUCCUCCCCCGGUACCCCCCGACAACUUCGGCCGCGCCAAAGGAGAGGAAUAGCGCCGCAGCGUCUCCCGGCUCCUCGGCUGCGCACACCGAGCUCCGUCUUCGGCUUUUCCGAAGCGUCUCGCACUCCGGUUGAGCAUGCAUAGGAGCGGCGCUUUGUGGAGAGUACUGCUGCGUUUCUGUUUGCUGCUUUACGACCAGAUCUCAAAAGUUGGAAGCGCCUGAAGCCGUGGCGGCUGGUUGUUGUUGUUUUUUUUUCUUUCUUUUUUGUUGUUGUUGUUGUCUCUCCCUUCUCCUCCCGCUGCUUGGAUGGGGAAAAAAAAAAUAACUUAAGUGAGAAAUCUCUUGUGCUGUCUAGGAUGUUUGCUGUGGAAAUAAAUGGCUUGCGUGGUUUAUGUUUUGCCUAGGUGGCGUUCACAGUCAGGAAGUCAUGUCCAGAUCGGGCGAUAGAACAUCCACCUUUGACCCAACGCACAGUGACACCUUGCUGCAUGGGCUCAACCUCCUGUGGAGAAAGCAGCUUUUCUGCGAUGUGACUCUCACUGCCCAGGGACAGCAGUUCCACUGCCACAAAGCCGUGUUGGCGUCCUGCUCGCAGUAUUUCAGGUCCCUCUUCUCCUCCCAUAACGUGAUUAGCAACGAGGGGAGCAAGGGGGAUCAGGGCAGCAGUGGGACCCCCUCGUCCUCCCCCGAUGACAAGCUGGUGACCACCAGCGCCAGGCCCAUCAACAACCUGGUCCUGCAGGGCUGCUCCUCCAUUGGACUACGGCUUGUGCUGGAGUACCUCUACACUGCCAAUGUUACUCUCUCCCUGGACACGGUGGAAGAGGUGCUUUCAGUCAGCAAGAUCCUGAACAUCCCCCAGAUAACCAAGCUAAGCGUGCAGUUCCUCAACGACCAGAUCUCCGUGCAGAACUACAAGCAGAUCUGCAAGAUCGCCGCCCUGCAUGGGCUGGACGAGACCAAGAAGCUGGCCAACAAGUACCUGGUGGAGGACGUGUUGCUGCUGAACUUCGAGGAGAUGUGCGCCAUGCUGGAUGCUCUCCCUCCGCCAGUGGAGUCGGAGCUGGCUCUCUUCCAGAUGUCCGUCCUCUGGCUGGAGCACGACCGCGAGACACGCAUGCACUACGCUCCGGACCUCAUGAAGAGGCUACGCUUUGCUCUCAUACCCGCCCCGGAGCUCGUGGAGAGGGUGCAAUCCGUGGACUUUAUGAGGAGUGACCCCGUGUGCCAGAAGCUACUGCUGGAUGCCAUGAACUACCACCUGAUGCCAUUCAGACAGCACUGCAGGCAGACCAUGGCAAGCAGAAUCCGUUCCAAUAAACGAAUGCUGCUCCUGGUGGGUGGCUUGCCUCCUGGACCCGAUCGUCUUCCCAGCAAUUUGGUUCAGUACUACGACGACGAGAAAAAGACAUGGAAGAUCCUCACAAUAAUGCCUUACAACAGCGCUCAUCACUGCGUGGUGGAGGUGGAGAACUUCCUGCUGCUGUUGGGUGGAGAGGACCAGUGGAACCCAAACGGAAAGCACAGCACUAAUUUUGUCAGCCGCUACGAUCCCAGAUUCAACAGCUGGAUUCAGCUGCCUCCCAUGCAGGAAAGGAGAGCCAGUUUCUUCGCCUGCCGCCUGGACAAGCACCUGUACGUCAUCGGAGGUCGGAAUGAGUCGGGCUACCUGUCCAGCGUGGAGUCCUACAACCUGGAGACCAACGAGUGGAACUACGUGUCAUCUCUGCCGCAACCUUUAGCCGCGCACGCGGGAGCAGUGCACAAUGGCAAGAUCUACAUAUCAGGAGGAGUGCACAAUGGCGAGUAUGUGUCCUGGCUCUAUUGCUAUGACCCUGUCAUGGAUGUGUGGGCUCGAAAACAAGACAUGAACACAAAGCGCGCCAUUCACGUCCUGGCUGGGAUGAACGAUCGUCUGUACGCCAUCGGUGGGAACCAUUUGAAAGGGUUCUCCCAUCUAGACGUUAUGUUGGUUGAGUGCUACGACCCAAAAGCUGACCAGUGGAACAUCCUCCAGACACCUAUACUGGAGGGCCGCAGCGGUCCAGGCUGCGCUGUUUUGGACGACAGCAUCUUCCUCGUGGGUGGCUACAGCUGGAGCAUGGGGGCGUACAAGUCUUCGACCAUCUGCUACAGCCCGGAGAAGGGGACAUGGACGGAGCUGGAGGGAGAGGUUGCGGAGCCUCUGGCGGGCCCGGCCUGCUCCACAGUCAUCCUGCCUGCCUGCCUUCCCUUCAACAAAUGACAACUAAUCCAACCAGUGGGCGGUGAGGGCGACGAGCAGCAGCCGAGCGACUGGGGGGAGGACCACCAAUAAGCAAAACAUUCGUCGAGAACCUUUGCGACAAAAGCCCUCCAGCUUUAGCCCCGGUUGUGAUGUAUAAAUUAUUUUUUUACAGGUCUGACCAGAGCACUUUCGUUAUUAUCUACCGAUGGAUUGAGAGGGGGG